UAGUUUCUUAUGUAAAUGAAAUAACGAUCUAAUUCUAAUUAAUCAUUGAAACAAUAACAUAAGCGUAUUUUUGCAAAGUGUUACACACAAAUCGCGUGCAAAACGCACUGUCAGAAGUGACAAAAGAUUCUCGUAUGACGUACUUUCAUUACAAAUUACGAUGCCAUCUUUGAAACGGAAGCACCAUCGCAAAAGCACAACAGAGUCGAAGGAAGGAGGGGGUGAAAGAAAAAUGGCCGCUUAGCGAAAAUCGAGAAAUACGAAAAAGCGAACGGGUGUGAUGAUCGAAGGUGAAUACGAGUUGACAGAUUUUUUUUACGAAUAAACUGACGAAUAACGAACGAAAUGCGAAACGAAAUGACAAUGUACACGUUGAAACCGAUUGUUUCUCUUCCACAAACAUUGCAUCGUACAAAAACGAUGUACGAAAUGCAAAAUAUUCAUGAAGAACGAUCAAAAGACGACCAUACGGAAGCCGAGAACAAGAUCGUGCCUGAUAUCACUGAGCAGGUUAUCAACUUUUUAAAGAGUCCAUUACCAGAAUAUACUGCAUUGGAAGUUAGGCAAGAAAAAAUAUUAACACAACUUGCAGAACUUAAACGACAAGUAUCAGCUCUUAGCGACUUCUUAAAACAGACAAAUGAAGUUACAGCAGCUGAUAACAGUCAUAAAGCUCAGGACUCAGUUAAUGCAAAUCUUAUUAUUAAUGUAAAUCCAAACAGGCCACCUUAUUUUAUAUUGGCAUUACAAAAAUUAUGGACAGAUACCAAUAUUAAAGUACAAACUUAUACUCAUUCAAGUGUUAAUAAGGGUGGACUCAUAACUCAUCAAUUAAAUACAAGUUCUUCCAAAAAGAAUGUCAUUGAUUUAUCAUUGAUUUGGAAAGAUGUCGAGGAUCUUGAACUUAUACUAGGCUUACGUGGUUAUCAUAUAACUGGAGAAAUCAAUUUUUUAAGAUAUUUAAGUAGAUUAUUAAAUUCGCAUAAUUAUGAAAAUUCUGUUUGUCCAGAAAAAGUAAAUACAAUUGAUUUGAUAUUAGACUUGUGUUAUUGUUUACAUUUUGAAGAAUCAUUGAAAAAGAAACAAGAAAUACUCUCAUUGAUAGCUGAUAAGUUAGAUGCAAAUUGGUUUGAUAACAAAACACCUGAUAUAGCAGAUGUUGCUGCAUGGUGUACAAUUAAGCAAAGUUUUCCAAAGAAAUAUCCAUCUAAACUAAACAGGUGGUUUGAAACAUGUGAGAAACUUUUUGUAUAAAUUAAACUUUCUUAUUAAAACAUAUUUAAUAUCUGUA